GGGCUGGACGGGGUGACCGGAGCCCCGCUGCUCAGAGCCGGGUCCGCCGCGCAGCCAGCUCCCCUGCCCGGCCCGCGGCUCCGCCACCUGGGCGCAGGCUCACCCGCGUCCCCGUCCCGGCCCCGGUGGCCGCCCCGGCGGGAGGAGCCCUGAGGACCAGACCUGCGCGCGUCUCCAGGACCUGCCCGCGGCGGCUGGUCAUGACCCCAGCAUUUAAGAGGUUCUUCAAGACAGUGUUGAACAUGAUCCAAGAGAAAAUGUGAUUUGAGUCUGGAGACAGCUGUGCAUGUCGGUUAAUAAUAAAGCCCAGCAUAGCAGAGAGGAGAGGAGGCUUCUGUGGGAGGCGGCUACCACUUUUUAUAAACUGCUUCCAGUUGGAUUUAUAUCACAUACAUAUUUUAUUGGGGCCUUGAUGAUGGAGAAAAGGCGUGUGCUGUGUUUCCUGUACCUCCUGCCUUUCCUUAUGAUUCCUGUCGUAGCAGAAUCAGAACAGAGCCAUAAUGAAUCUAGGAAGUUGAGUGUAACCAGAAAUAAAAUUAUGACGGCUCAAUAUGAAUGUUACCAGAAAAUUACACAAGACCCCAUUCAGCACACUGAAGGCCUGUACUGCAACCGGACCUGGGACGGCUGGCUGUGCUGGAACUACGUGCUGGCGGGCACCGAGUCGGUGCAGCACUGCCCGGACUACUUCCAGGACUUUGACCCCUCAGAAAAGGUUACGAAGAUCUGUGACCAGGACGGACACUGGUUUAGACACCCAGACAGCAACAGAACGUGGACCGACUACACCCGGUGCAACACCAACACGCACGAGCGCCUGCAGACGGCACUGAAUUUGUUCUACCUGGCUAUAAUUGGACAUGGAUUGUCUAUUGCAUCGUUGCUCAUCUCACUUGGCAUAUUCUUUUAUUUCAAGAGCCUAAGUUGCCAAAGGAUUACUUUGCACAAAAACCUGUUCUUCUCCUUCGUUUGUAACUCUGUCAUCACGAUCAUUCAUCUCACGGCUGUGGCCAACAACCAGGCCUUGGUGGCCACGGAUCCUGUGGGCUGCAAGGUGUCCCAGUUCCUGCACCUCUACCUGAUGGGCUGCAACUACUUCUGGAUGCUCUGCGAAGGCGUGUACCUGCACACGCUCAUCGUGGUGGCCGUGUUCGCCGAGAAGCAGCGCCUCCUGUGGUACCACGUCCUGGGCUGGGGGUUCCCGCUGAUCCCCGCCUGCACGCACGCCGUGGGCAGGAGCCUGUACUACAACGACAAGUGCUGGAUCAGCUCCGACACGCACCUGCUCUACAUCAUCCACGGCCCCAUCUGCGCCGCCCUGCUGGUGAACCUCUUCUUCCUGCUGAACAUCGUGCGUGUGCUCAUCACGAAGCUGAAGGUCACGCACCAGGCGGAGUCCCACCUCUACAUGAAGGCCGUGCGGGCCACGCUCAUCCUCGUGCCCCUGCUGGGCAUCCAGUUUGUGCUGCUCCCGUGGCGCCCCGAGGGCAGGCCCGUGGAGGAGGUGUAUGACUACGUCAUGAACAUCCUCAUGCACUACCAGGGCCUUCUGGUCUCCACAAUCUUCUGCUUCUUUAACGGAGAGGUUCAAGCGAUUCUGAGAAGAAACUGGAAUCAGUACAAGAUCCAGUUUGGAAGCAGCUUUUCGCACUCGGACGCCCUCCGCAGCGCGUCCUACACGGUGUCGACCAUCAGUGACGGCACGGCCUACAGCCACGACUUCUCCAGCGAGCACUCAAAUGGGAAGAGCAUCCAGGACAUUGAGAAUGUCGUCUUGAAGCCGGAGAAGUUAAAUGAUUACAUCUUACAAUAGGGGCAGGACUGUUCAACCACAGUGUGCCACUCUAUGCUCAAGGACUUAGAUCCACGACUUUGUAACCAGAAGACUUCCAUAUUAAGUGGAUUUCUUGAUUGCCACAAAGAACCCUCCUAUGAAUUCGGUCACUCGGUUUUUGUUUUAUAUAUAUAUAUAUAUAUUUCAGAGAGGAAGGUAGAGGGAGAAACAUUAAUAAUGAGAGAGAAUCAUUGAUGGGCUGCCUCCUGCACACCCUACACUGGGGAUCGAGCCCACAACCCAGGCAUGUGCCCUGACUGGGAAUUGAACCGUGACCUCCUGGUUCCUGGGUCAAUGUUCAACCACUGAGCCACGCCAGUCGGGCUCCAGGCACUUGUUGAUCAGUGUUUAACAACUAGCUCUAUGGGGGGUGGGAGAAGCCCUGGUUAGUAAUGUUUGCCCGCUUCUGUGGUGUCAUAGUCCUACUGUGGCUGGUUUCAAGCUGCCAACCUGACAUCACUGAACAUGGCGUUAGGAAAAGGUGGCCACCGUCCAUUCUUGUGGCUGGAACCGGCCAGUCCUAGCACACUGCGUGCCUUCACAGAUGAAUGGAACUGUAGCAUUUCGUCUACGUGUUGGGCACGAGCCUACUUCUGCUGCCUAAAAAGACGUCCUUAAGGCCUAUAGCCUUGGAGGGAAAAUUAGUUUUUCAUUUGUUUAUUGAAACACUGUAUUCCCCUGUUCAUAGGUGAUGCUGAUUCUUCUUGUUGUUCAGAGAGUAGGCUAGUCUUUUCUGUGUUUGCCCUUUCCCAUGGACCAGAUGGAGAGCUCAUUGUUCCUGUCGGCUUACCCUCUCCUUCCCAAGCAAGCAGAAUUCCCAUCGGCUACUCAUUCGCGGUGACAGCCAUUAUACCCUGUGUCAUAUCCAUGUUUGAGACUGGAUACAUAAAUAGUAUGUAUGACAUGCAGCCCUACUUUGGUGUCAUUAGGGAGACAUCUUGGUUGAUACUACAAAACCCUCAUCAGCUCCUUUGCUGUCUUGCUCCUUUCCUAUCUGACCACAGGAAUGGGGGGCAAUUGGUUUCCUGGUAUCUGUAAAUAAAGACUUGCCCCUUCCAUCUCUACUGUGUAGACAAAUUAGCAAGUAUUUUACAUCAAGAAUAUCAAUGAAGGGUUUCUUAUUUCCUUGGAAGUUUAUAAAAACGAUGUUGUGAAAGAUGAGCUUGUAAAUACUGUUAUUCUACUUUAUAGCCUCAACUCCAAUACAUGAUGUCACGAUGUAUGCAUCUUAACAUCUGAUACUGUGUCUGGGCUGAUUUUAUUAUAAAAUAGAGUCUGGAGUUUUAUAUUUGGUAAAUGUAUUAAAGACAACCAGAUACCAGCAUCAGAAGUUUGACAACAGAAAUAUUGAUAAGAUAGAAUAUAUUUAUUAAAAACAAACUCAUGACCCUAGUUUUCUUAAACAUAUUGACUUGGUGUCUUAUACCUUAGUAGGUAUUUUUGACAUAUUUCUCUUCUUAUGUUGACGAUGAACUUGCAUUCUAACCCAGAAAAUGUAAGCAACUCCUACUGUAAUAAAUACUGGUUCACUGCUCUUGUGGGUUUAAGCCCACUAAAAUAUGAAUUCCCUGACUUAUCCUAUAUGAAGGUGUAUGGCUUUUGAAAUGUUGCAAGCUAUUUUUAAAACUAUAGGAAUGCAAUGUAUAUCAAAUACAAUAUAUGAAUAUUUUAAGAGAGUUACGAUAGAUGAUGACACAAGUCGGUGAAAGAUUUGAAUAUAGCAUGAGGAGGAAUUGCUGUCAGGUGUCUAAGGAAUAAUUAAAUUGAGAUGGAGGAAAGUGUUUCUAAUGAAUCAAAGGGACAUUUAAGUGGGAUUCCGUUUCUCUUUUUUUUUUAUUGAAAUAGCUGACAAACAAAAAGCAUCAAUCAGUGAAAGUCUAUUUGGGGGAGGAGACACCACUGUGUCAUGUGUGUCUACAGUGAGUCAAUCACUUAACAAGGACUUAACUGGUGACUUAGUCUUCCGGGGGUGUUUAAGAUAAUGCUAGCUGAUCAUGUGACAUUUUCUAUGUCAAUGGAUGGUGAGUUCAGAAAUCAUUUGAAGUGUUCCAGGAUAAUUAUCUAAAUAGUAAGAACGAACACAUUAAAUGGUCUGGCCAAUGCCUUUAUAAUGUGCCCAUACAUAUGUUCAGAUUUUACUGAGUUAGUUCAGGUUUGUGGAUUUCACAGCAAGCUCUCAGAAAAGGAACUCGGGCUGUGCUGGACAAACCGCUGCCUUAAUUACACAAAAAAUUCCUCUGAAUUAACUCACUUUUAGCUACUUAUAAUUCAAAGGCAGAUCCAGACCCUUCGCUGACUCUGUUUGCAUAUUUCAGCAUUCUUCUAGAUAAACGGUUCAGUCUCAACUACAAAUGACAGUAGAAAAUGUCACAUUAUCAGCUAGUAUUAUAUUGAAUUAUUCUACAAUUUUAAAGUAUUUUUUUAUUGUGCUCUUAUUAACUUUAGAUCAGAUUUCCUUUAUGUAUAGGAUUUAGCUAUUGUACAGUUUUCAAUUAACCCGUGUUAAUUUUGUACCUGUAUUUUUUUAGGGAUAAUAUUUUUAAAUACUAGACUUCUCUAAAGCUGAAUGGCUAAUUACGAUCACCUUUGCAUCUUACUCAUAAAGAAAAGGUAUAAUUGAUAUUUUUAAGAGUAAACUUUUUUGGUGUCUAAAAAUGAUUUUGGGAAUUUCUAACUUCUGAAAUGUAGACUGCUAUUUUUCUGCAAGUGCUUGUGAAAGUCACAUUGUAAUUUUUUGAAAAGGCUAAUCUGUCAUUUCUUUUCUAAAGCUAUUUUCUACUGAAUUUAUUCAUAAAAUAUCCAUUCUGUAAUUUAGUGGUAGCUGUAGUGCUGUAUUUAUUGCUUAAUGCUUUUUUAAAAUGUGAACUUAUUUUAAUUUUCUCUUGGUUUUAGUCUGCUAAUAGAAACCAUCAUUUCUUUUAUCUGUAAAACAUACCCAAAAUAUUUGAUCAAUUAAAACAACUCAUGUUAUGCCUACUUAAUGUAUAUCUCUCUAUUUUGAUUGUAUGAAAAUAUUAAAGUUAUGAGUUAAAGAUCA